UGGAAACAGUCGAACGAUCUUGGAGCAAACGAGAAUACGAUAGACGGAGAGAGUGCCACUGUCUGGCGCGAGUCGUCCUACCAGCUGGGGUGAAUCGUUAGAACAACUAUAGAGAACCGGGGGAAGAAUAAAUUAAAUCAUGUUUACGAUGAAUCAAUGAUCCAACUCACGCGAUUGUCGUGCUACAAAGGUCGAUCGUUCCCGCGUCUAUCGUGAUCACCCGAUCGCCGGUUCUCCAAUGCCAAAGAAUUACGAGACAGUCAGGAUAAAUAGUUUGUCCGAGGAGAUAUUCGGUGCUUGUGAAUGCGCAGCACGUGUAUCCAUUUGCAUCUCUACUGUUUGCGCAGCAUGCUAUUCGUUGUAUAGACGGAUAACCGAAAAUAGAGAUUCUGGGAUUCGGUCUCCUUUCCACCAGGGAAAAGAUCGACGCUACCUGGUGACGCGGAAAAUUACGUUUAGUCUCGAUCUCUGAUUUAUUGUAACGUCUGAAGCAAACGAGUAAAUUUCACCGAGUGUCCUGCGAUGCAGGAUGCGCCGUCUCCUCUUUCGUGGCCAUCGAACCGCUCGAUUCGCGACUCUCCGCUUCUCGCGUCGAAGAAACGCGCGUAAAUUCCGGAGACGAUUCCGAUCGCGUCCCUUCCGAUGUACGCGAUGUCGCGGCUCUUUCCAAAUAUCGCCCACCUACGCGGACCAUAAAGAACGAAGUAAUUAAACGUACUCUCUUAUGGUACUCUGAUGUUUUGGGUAAUACGUACGAUGGCUCGACCGUCGUAAACCGCAUGGUUUUGUCCGUAAACACAGUCGACGCGAAACAGAGGUGGAAUUUCUCGAUAACGGCAACGAAACGAACUCCUUUCCUGUGGUUGCUGGGAAACCUAGCCGUCUAUCGAUCACACCGCAGAGACUACGCGGUCGGUAGUAAAUUCGCCACGAAGAAUUUCACUUUCGUCGUGGCCGAUUUAUGAACGACCAUUACGACUAAUAAACCCUCGACUCGAAGCAAGAAUGCGGGCGAUGAGAGUAAGUGUGCCAGUGGAUCGCGGCGAACGUAGGAGGUUCGACGAGUCGUGUGACCGUUACCGCGAACCUCGUCCAACGCAUAUCAAUGGGCCGACGCCUUCUCGCGAUCAUGCGUCUACUUUGAAUUUCGUUUAGACGAUAUCUCUGCGAGCAGAACAAGAGGCGCCAACAUGUUGCGCAUGGAUGCUCGACACCCCUCGACAAGGUGUCUUUUGAUGGGCAUCGAAAACACUCGAUUAUGUUGUUGUUCAAGUCUACUCGAACGAACAGUGAUUUUAACGAAACGUUAUCCGUGAUAUGCUUUUCACCAGUCGUCAACGUUUGCCUCUACUUCGUUUCUCGCGAUAUCUGUGCAAACUCGCGGAAGUCGAAGAUCGGCGUAUCGAUGGUCGCGGCGGAUUCGAGAUGCGCACGAAUCUGUUUGUACUCACGAUCGAAUACGCGGCGAAAUCGAAGAUCGAAUAUAGGCCGAAGACCGCUAGUCGUUUAAUAUGCGGAAGACGCAUCCGAGGGGAGGGCAAAAGCCUCGAUGUUCCCUUGUUCGAUGGUUCGUCGUCACUCGAAAACUUCGAGCCUCGAGGAUCGUUUGAUCCGACGACAUUUUCGGUUGUUCGAAACGUGCGCGAUACCUUCGGAGGUUUAACUAGGAUUAGUGUUAAACGAGAAUUCGAGCCUGCUAAGAAUGUUCUUGGAGGUCGGAAAGGAUUCGCGAGUUGCUCGCGUUUGCGGACUGCUGCUGUUGAUUUCCGUCCUUGUCAGCGGUCAAGAUUCGACGAGGACCUCUUCGACGAUCGACGACGCCGUCAGGAAUGCGACGACUAAGUUGGAGGACGAUGCUCACGAAGAGGUGAUCGGCACGGUCGUUGUCGGUAAACCGGAGGCUAGAUGGGAAGAUUCGCCUGCGCCGAAAUCGUCGAAGGGCGUCGAGUGGAAGAGCGGAAGGCAGCGGUGGUCCAAAGACAGUUAUCUCGAAGCGUGGAGACACUCUCGGACCAGCACGGAUCCUCGCGAAGGAGUGGUCGCGGCGGACGCGAGCAGUUCUGGAUCCUCUCAGCGCAGAAGGGAAUACACGCUAGGUCCCGUUUACUCGCCAAAAGACUCGGGGAGCACUUCGACGUCCUCGCGGAUAGUUCACGGAUCGAUCGAUCGAGACUCUUUCUCGAUGGCCCCGAGCGACGCAUACUCUCUUCCAACGCGGAUGGCAGGUGACUUUGCCAGGAUUCAGAACUCUUACGGACCACCGCAGCCGCAGCCUCAGCCGCCUCGGAUCUCGUACGGUGUACCUUCCAACGUUCAUUCUUCUUACGGAGACUACUCCGGCGGUACAUACUUGCCGCCACAGCAAGCGUACGGCCCGCCGACGCCGACGUCUGGGUACAGUCCCAGCGCUACCUACGAACACGGAGCUCCAUACGGAGUAUCCGCGACGCCUCAGUUCACGCUGCCGUCGAUCGAUUUCUCGUGGCCCUUCGCGCUCAAGCUGAACGCCUUUACUUUGGCCAAGAUUCUCUUGAAGCUGGUCAUCUUCAAGAUGAUCGUCAAGUUUAUCGCGGUCAUCUGUCUGCUGCUCUUCAUUCCCAAGCUCGAAAUCAAGAAGACCAGUCAGGGAGACAUGGACGACGACGAGGGACGUCGUUUCCUCAAUGCGGAUUCCAGGUUUUCGGAUGGAUUGAACGCUUUGACGUUGGUCGUGAGCAACGCUAUGGACAAGUAUCGAAAUGUGAACGAGACUCGAUCGCGUUCCACUUUGGACUACGAAACGUUCGAACGUCGAGCGCGAGGAGCUUUGAGCCAACGGGAUACCUGGCAGGAUUACGCCGAUUUACUGAGAACCUAUGUUUCGGAAGAGACGCGAUUUGUUCGAACGAACUCUUAGCGCUAGCUCGUGCAUCGCGAUUGUCUACUUUUUUCGCGUAUUUAUACGUUUGCAGAAGCGUUCGGUUAAACGGAGAACGAUGCUCACCUUUAAAGUUCGGCGAGCGGGCUUUAUAGGUGCACGCUCCUCUCGAUUCUUGAAACGAAUUCCAGGUCAGAUUAUUCUCGUUUAACCAAACGCUACCGUACUUAUAUAUCGUAUUUAUUUAUUAGCGAUGUACUAGUCUCUAGAUUCUACAAUAGUUCAAUCAUCGAUGGCGUCGACGAUACGUCGGCCAUUGUUCUCCGUGAAACGAAUAAAUGGAUAUUAAACGCG